CGAGGCAGUUCCUUUCGCGCUGAAAAGCGGCACCGGGCUCGGAAAUAACUAGCGCUCGGUGACGCCGGUGAAUGCAAGGGCGGUGGAGGAUGACUAUCUACAUUCGCAAGCCGCGCCGGAAACUCCAGCUCGCCCUGCCGCUCUUUCUCGUCGUUCUAUGCUCCCUCACGUACUUGCAAUUCGCCCAAACAUCAAGCCGACCAAGACCGACCACUUUCGAGGAGGAACACAAUGAAUCGGCCCCGGCACCCCACGGCCAUGGUAUGUAUGCGGUACAGCACAGCUCUUUCCGCGAAAUUGAAUCCCCUUUAGAUAGCGAGGCGGAGGAGGAGAAGGUGGUUGCGCGUCCUGAAGACCUGUUCCCGGAACUCCUUGGUUUGACGGACGAGCCCGAGUACGAGGGGCUGUUUGAGGAGCUCCCUCCGCAUGUGUACCGCUCAGAUGGGCUGCUCGUUGUGAACCCCGAGGGCGCCCACCCGAUUUUUGAGCUGAUCGAGCGGGCGGAGGAGGCUUGGGAUAACAAGCUGCGAAAAGCGAGUCGGACGCUUACUCAGGCGGUGGAGGAGUACAAGAGGCGAUAUCAGCGAUUACCGCCAAAAGGCUUCGAUCACUGGUGGAGAUACGUUCAGGAGCACAACGUGCAGCUGCCGGAUGAGUACGACCAGAUCCACGAGGAUCUCGAGCCGUUCUGGGGCAUGCGCCCCGCGGACCUGCAGAAGAUCGCCACGGACUGGGAAGAGCACAAGGAUGGUUUCGUCCUCGGCAAGAUGGCGGCGGACGACCCGAUCGACGUCCUCAAGACAGCUUUCUUGAACGAGGGCCGCCGGGAAGAGCACCUUUAUGGGGCCUACAAGAUAAUGGAAUUGCUCGAGGACGUCGAGGAAUUUAUCCCUCCCUUCCGCGCGAUUUUCUCCCCGCACGAUAACCCGAAUGUUGUGAAGAACUACGAGCUGCGGAAGAUGGCCGUGGAGGCUGCUGCCGAGGGCAAAUACAUCGACGUCAGCAAGCCCCCACCGGGCGGCGCGUACGGCUGGCUCUCCGCCUGCCCACCGCAGUCCCCCGCGCGGCGCAACCCCUCGCGCAUGAUCAACGACCACAAGCCGCUCGAGCGCAAGACGUUCAUCUGGGACCACCGCGCGAGCAUGGACCCGUGCCUCCACCCGACGCACUUCUCGCAGCACGGCCAGUUCCUGUCACACAACUUUGGCCCCGCGCCUGACCCGCUCCUCCGCCCGCAGUUCUCGUGGUGCGUCGACGACCUGCACAACGACCUGCGCCCGCCGACGCCGCAUAACUGGGUCGCGGAUAUCGAUGACCCCGAGUGGGAUGAGAAGAGGGAGGAGCGGCUGUUGUGGAGGGGGAGCAAUACGGGGAUAUGGCAUGGCAGUGACAGGAAGUGGUGGAAGGCACACCGCGAGCGGCUGGUGGAGAUGACGACGGGGCGCGAUGGCUCAGUCAAAGUGCUCCUCCCGAACAAGUUCGACUUUUACGGCAAUACGAGCGUGGGCGAGCCGGUGGAGAUCAGAAGGCAGCUGCUGAAUGCCGUGACGAUGGACGUGCAGUUUGCGGGCAAGCCGUUGGCGUGCGAGCCGGCGAUUUGUGAGAUUUUAGGAGAGUUGUUCGAGUGGAGGCCGAAUAUGAACUGGAAGGAGGCGGGGCAGUAUAAGUAUGUUAUGGAUAUGGAUGGGAAUGGCUGGUCGAGUCGGUUCAAACGGCUCAUCACGUCCCGGUCCCUAAUCUUCAAGUCAACUAUCUACUCGGAAUGGUUUCAAGACCGGAUUCAGCCCUGGGUGCACUACGUCCCCGUUCAAGUUGACCUGUCCGACUUGUACGACGCGUUCCUGUUCUUCCGCGGCGACAUCAAUGGGGAGGGGGGCCAUGACGAGCUUGCGAAGAGGAUCGCGGAGGCUGGGCGCGAUUGGAGCAAGCGGUUCUGGCGGAAGGAGGAUAUGACCGCGUAUAUGUUCCGGAUGUUCUUGGAGUAUGCGAGAGUGACGAGUGACGACAGGGACGCGAUGACAUACGUGCCUCCCCCAGACUUCGCCGAGCGCAGUGAUGAAGAUGCAUAUGAUGACACGGAUGCGCUUUGGUAGAGCUGGUACGUAGUUAUAUAACAGGUCUUUUCAUAUAUUUGGGUUUAUGUCGAGGGUAGUUGUACAUUACUAAUACUGUCUUUCGCCGCUGCAUCCUAGCCCUUCCCUCGUUAUGAUUGACGAUACCGUUAUUGCUAUUUCUAGAUUUGUUACAGAAGUAGACAUGGGAGUUCUACUGGUACGCAUAGCCUGUUGUAUAUUAUCUAUAAGUAUUCUACAGACCAGCAGAGUAUGGAUGCCACUAUCUGAAUCGCGGUGGAAAC